AUGGACCCGCGGGGCGAGGAGUGGUCUGCGCGGCUGCCGAGCCCGCAUCUGAUCGCGAGGAGCGGGCCGGGAUGUGGGGCUGCGGUCGCCGUCUGCGUGGGGCGCUUCUUGCCGGCGGAGUGCGGCGCGGGCGACGCACAGCUCGUCGUCGCGCUCGCGGACCGCAUCAACGUGUACCAAGGGGACCCGCGGGGGGCCGGUGAGGGCAGCGCGGCCGUGCUGGUCCUCAGCCAGGCGACGUUGGGCCGGGUAGUCGAGGUGGCUCGUCUCAAGUGGAACGAGUGCCACCAGGGCACCGUGGCGCAGGAGCACGUCGGGCUCGACUUCCUGGCCCUGCUGGCGGAGUCCGGCCACCUGUCCAUCCUCUCGUACUCCCGGACCCUCGCGCGCCUCCUCGCAGUGCAAAGAAUCGACCUGGGCUCCCCGCAGUCGCGGCGGCACCUCGGCUCGGGCCCGCUCCGCCGCCGCAUCGUCCCGCACCCGGACGGGACGGCCUUCGCCACCGCGGCCGCCCACGACCGCGUCGCGAUCUUCCCCGCCCGCGCCCUGGCCGCCGAGCCCUCCGCGGUUGGAACCCCCCCGGGGCCCUUUGCGGAAGAACACCGCGCGAUCUACGCCCCCGCCGCGCGGCGCGACCCCGGGGCGCCGACGGUGGCGGCGAACGCGGGCCUCGCGGGGACGCCCGCGCCGCCGAUGCCCGUUCCGGCGUUUCACCCGACCGGGGCGGACGGCAUCUCCGCGGUCAACGUGCUGCGGCUGCUCGGGUCGGGCGUGGGGGAACACUCCCCCCUGGAGUCCUCCCUGCCGUCGGACCGCGCGGAGCCGCAGUGGACGGUGUUGGCCGCGGCGUUCGUGGACGCUGGGGCGGCGGCGGGCGCGGGACUGGCCGUGGUGGCGCUGCUGUACGUGGCGGUGACGCGGCGGUUCGUGGGGCGGCUGCUGCGGCGCGGGGCAGGGCAGACGGCGCUCGAGGCGGCCGGGUCGGCGGAGCUGGGGGGCGCGGUGGGCACCGCGAUGGAUCUGGUGGCGCUGGAGGGGGUGUGCCGGGGGGGGGUGCUGUGCUGCGGGACGGAGGGGGUCGUGGUGCUGCACGUGACGCAGCGCGGGCUCGAGGUCAUGCAGACGCUGCCGUGGGCGUCCUUCUUCGGCCCCCUGGCGCCUCCGCCUGCCUGCGAGGCACUCGCCCACACAGGGACGCUGCACGUGUCCGCGGCGUGCCGGCUGCCGCGCACGGGCGGCGCCGCGGCCGAGGACGCCGAGGACUACGCGUGCGCACUCAGCAACGGGACGUUGUGGGCCGUGCGGGUGGCGGCGGGGACGGCAGCCGUGCCGUGGCGUACCAAGGGACUCGGCCAGGUGGUAAGGCUGCCUGCCGACGCCACGCGGAACGUAGGAGCCACCACAGGGCUCGUGGCGCUCCCCGCGGGGUCGGACUGGCGCGGGGGGGCGCCGUUCGUGCUGCUGCGGGACCCCGGGGAGGUGGUGUCGGGGGAGUUUUUGUACAUCACCCCCCCGGAGACGGCGACGAGCGCGCAGCGCGCGGGCGCCACGCACUGGCAGUUCGUCGCGCAGUCCAUCGUGGCCGGCGCGCUCGCGGGGGCGACCGACAUGGUGCUCGCGGACGGCGGGGAGCGCGGGGGCACGCUGGCGUACGUCACCUGCGCAGGGGGUGGCGUGGGGGAGGGCGGCGGGUCCCUGAGGUCGAUUGCGGCGGCGCAGGAGGCCGGGGACGCGGUCACGUUGGCGACGGGCCUGAACUUCCUCACUGGUCUGUUCGCGCUGAGCGCCCAGGCCAGCAACGCAGUGGUGGGAGUGGCGUUUCCUGACGUCACCAAGGUGCUCGCGGUCACGACGAGCGCGACGCCGUCCGGGACGCAAGCGAUCGUGCAGGAUGCGACGCCGCGGCUGCGGUCGGGGCCGCUCCCGGCGCCGUGUCUCCUUGCUGCGUCAGUGGGGCCGACGGAAUGGGGGGUGUCGGCGUUUGUGGGGCCUGAGUCAGCGGCGCUGGUGCGCACGGCGGGCACCGGAGAGGACGGCGCGGUCGAGGUGCGCUUCGCGGAGCGGAUCUCGUGCGCGGCGCUCGAGGCGGCGACAGGCACGCUGGUGUUGGUCCGCCAGGGGAGGACUCUCGCGGUGACCCCCCUGCUCGCCGCGCCAGUGAUUCUGCCUGCGAGCAUUGGUGCGUCGCCGUACGCACUGGUUGGCGGGCUCUCCGACGCGCUCUCGCGCGACGAGCGCUUCGACGUGGUGCUGAUCGCUGCGACGACGGCGGGGGACCUCGUGGCCUGCGGGCUGCCCUUCCGGGGCGCGUGCGGAGCCCGCAGCAUGACGUUCGGCAGAGGUGUGCCGUGGUGCCUCGCCGAGUGCCCAAACGUCCACGCCAUCGUGGUCGCAUCGCGUCCGGACCCUGACGAGCCGACCUUGCUCGCGCCGAGUCCCCCGGGCAUCGAUAGGCACAACAUCAAAUCACACCCCAUUCAAGGCACCCCGCUGGCGAGCGCCGACGAAGACAUGGCGGAGCCCGCGGUGGAGGAGGCCGCGAACGAGUUGCACAGGAGCGAGGUCGGCAUCGACGAACCCUUUGUGGACCCCUCGCGUGGGUCUCCACCGUCUCCAACCGGGACCCUGACUCCGGGCCGGAUGGGGUACCAUUACCAUGGGUACGGGGGCGACAGGGCGAUGCCGUGGGCGCCGGACGUCUUCGGCCUGGACGGCGAGGAGCCCCGGCGGCCGGAUCCGGCGGCGUGGCCGGUGCGGGCGCAGGUGACGAUGGGCCACAAGCGGGUUACGCGACAGACGUCUCGUCCUCGGCGGUUGAUAGAGAGCAUCUACACGCCGGAGGCGAAGGGAACGGUCACCCUGCUCUGCCCGCGGACCGCCGCUGAACUCUGCACCUUGAACCUGAUGGCGGGGGAGUGCCCCACCGCGGUGGCGCGCUUCGCCAGCCCCGCGCAGCCCGACGCCGACGCGGCCGCGCACGACGCUCCCUCGGACAUUCUCGUCGUCGGCACGUCGUUCAGCCAGGACGACCUGCGACGCAAGCCGUUCCAGGGCGUCAUCGGGGCCCUGGGGCGCCUGCUGCUCCUCCGAGUGUCCCGAGACGGCGCCGAGUCGCAGGUCGGGGCGAUCGAGCUCCUGGACUGCGUCCUGGUCCCCGGCCGCGUCCUCGCGCUCGCGCACGGGCCCAUGCUUCCCGGCAGAACGAAGUCGUGGGCGCUGGAGACGUGGGGGGUGAUGCACGCGGCGAUCGGGCGCCGGGUCGUGACGAUGUGGCUCGGGCAGGGCCGCGACCGGCUGUGCGUCAUGCGGCAGGAGCCCACGAUGCAGCCGUUUGCGUGCCUCGCGGCCUCCCCAACUGGACACCUUGCUCGGGGGUCGCGGCAGGGCGUGGUGUCGCUGGGGCAGCCGAUGCCGCUCGGGCACGACGAUGCGGACCGUCCGCCGUCCCCGCGCGCGCGCGAGAGGUGCCGGCACUGGGGGUUUGUGCCGGCGGGCGUGGUGGACGUGUUGGUCGAGGGCCGCGGCGGGCGGCUGCUGACGAUCGCCGACGGCGCCGGCGUGCUCGUGACGAUGUCGCCGGCGGCGGGGCGCUGGUGCUGCCUCGAGAGCCUCGCCGAGGCCGCGCGGCGCGGCUCGGAGGGCGCUGCAGAUGGCAGCGGGGGCAUCGCCGCGGGCAGCGGGGUCGGCGGGGCGGCCGAGUCGUCCAUGGGCGCCGCGCGUGCGUCCACGGAGUUGCGAAACGGGCACGCGGUGCCCCUGCCGGAACGCGGGGUCGCCAAGCUCGAGCUGUCGGACUUUGCGGCGGCAGCGCUGCGGGGCACGUGGGAGGCUGCGCACCCGAUUCCGGGCGCGCGGCCCAGCGUCGCGGCGAAGGGUAUGACAGCGCCGCUUCUGACGGUGGCGGACAUGGACGGGAUGGGCGUGGCGGCGGCUGCGUCGUUCCACGAGCAGCUGCAGGUGUUGCAAGCGGUGCGAGCGGCGUUGCGCGCGUCCACGUGCGCGACCACUCCGGUCGACGCCGCGGCGCGCCGUUCUGGGCAGUUCGGUGCCAGGGCGACCGGCGCGGAGGCCAGCGAGACGGCGACGGAGGCGAGUGGAGAUGCAGCGCAGGGCCCGGGGGUCGCGGUAGACGCGCGAGUGGCGCCGACGGCGCCCGGGCACGGGCACUUGGUGCCCGAUGCGGCCGUGCCGCUGCAGGGGAAGCCACUCCGGCUGUGCGGAGGGGUGCUGGCGCAGCGGCAGCCGCGGGCGACGCCACACGCGACGGAGGACGCCACGCCCGCGCACCGGCACGGCAUCACGGCCCUGUGCGCGGGCGGCCAGCUGCGGUCGCUGCACGUGCUCACGCCCGGGGAGUAUGUCUGCCUGCGCGCACUGGAGGUGGCGGCUGCGGAGCACCGCGCGCUCGCGCCGCUCUCCGGGGGCCCGCGGAGCACCCUGCCCGGGCCGCUCCCUUCGCGCCUCGCCCACGCGGCGUCGCAGGGGGGGGUCGAGUGGUCGCUGGCCAAGCUGACGUCAGGGGGGUCUUUUGGGGUCGUGGACGGGGACCUGCUGGGCGAGGCGGCCAAGCUGCCGUCGCACGAGCAACUGCACAUCUGCGCGAGCGCGGUCAGGGUCCUCCUCGGCGACGGCGGCGGCGCGGAGGGGGGAAGUUCGUCGAGCGCAACCGCAGGCGACGCACCGCCCCUUGCCGGCACCAUGCUCCGCGCCCUGCAUCUCAUGACGUCCAGCACCGCCUAG